AUCAAACAGAGGCGAACAUUAACCUUCUUCCAAAGAAAACCAAACUCCAUUGUUCUCUAUGCCCGCAGCCUAGCAACCGUUGCCCGGCACGCCGUUACGUCAAUGUCACAUUCGUUUUAUUUUCAGACACUCGUAAAAACUAAAAACUCUCAUCACAAUGAGUUUCAACAGCAUUCUAAACAAUCCGGCUCUGAAGGACCACGAAGAGGAAACGAGAAGUGAGGAAUGGAACAACUUCGUCCACAGAGUGGGGGAAGUCUCUAGUUUAGUGAAGGACCUGGCUAGUGGAGACAGGGGCCGAGCUGAAGCAGCUCAGGCACUAGCUGACAAGUAUCUUAACGGCAAGAUAAUCAAAGACGAUGACUUGGAGUUGAUGAUCAAAUCUGACCGCACGGUUAUAAACAAGAGUGCCUUCCCGUCCGUGUCUGAUGGAGCUCAGGGUGAGGUGAGUAAAGAAGCUUGGAUGGCAGAGAUGAGUAAGGAUGCCGAGCGCCGCUUCUUGGACAAGCAAAUUCGUAAGGAGAAGGCAGAUACGUUCAAGACUCAAGCGAUGAAGGCGUUUAGACGACAGGAGUAUGACCGGGCCCUGUCCUGCUACAAUAAGGCUAUAGAACAAAUAAAGGACAACUCUAAUCUUUACUGCGAUAGAGCACUCACUAACAUCAAGCUUGGCAAUUUUGAAAAGGUGUUGCCCGAUUGUGACUGGGCUCUUCGAAUCAACGAGAAAUCUUUUCGCGCGCGCCUCUACCGCGCCCGAGCGCACAAAGAACUAGACGACAUAGACAACCUAGAGGAAUGCACCAAAGAGCUUGAAGAAAUGUUUCCUCAGCACAAGGAAUUGAUAACCUUCUUCAUGAAGACCUCAAAGGAAGAAGAUUCUGAAGAAGAUGACUGAGUUGUUGGAUAGUUGAAGAACUUUAUUUAACUAUAUUUUUUCCAUGUUCAACAGAAAUAUUGAAUUGAAUACAGCUAACAUGUUUGGUUAGAGCUAGAUUGUAGCACUCGAUACUAUCGCUAUCUCUAUACAACACCAAAGUUCUGCAUAUGAAAUGUUAAUUUAGCAGCGCUCAAUUCAGAACUCGAAAGCUGUUUAACAUAAAUUUAUUCAUAUUGUUCAGUAGUGCUAGUCUUUGUUAUUCCUAUUUCGUUAUUGUCAUUAGGUCUUUGAAUACAUAUUACAGUUUCGUGCUGUGCUAACGUGCCCCAAUUUGUACACAAAACCUACCAUUGAAUUUGCUUAAGUUUAUUUCGAUGUUAUUAAUAGUCGUCCUAAAAUAAAUAAGUAAUUAUUGAGUCAA